AUGGGAGAUAUGAAGACGCCAGACUUCGAUGACCUGCUGGCGGCCUUUGAUAUCCCCGACAUGGUGGAUCCUAAAGCUGCUAUUGAAUCUGGUCACCAUGACGACCACAAUGGACAGCUCAAGCAACCCAGUGCUGGGUUGACUACCAAUGAAGAUGUGGCCCACAACACCUCAACAGGACACGAUGUUGGCGUUAGUGUCAUUGUCAAGAACAUCCGAAACACAGACACAACAGAGCAUGGUGGAACCAUAUCAGACAGGGAUGGACAUUUCCACUCCCAUCCUCAACAUCAUUCUGUAAGCACUUGCAAUGGACUUCAAAAUGGCUUCUUGCCAUGUGGCAUACCACAUGGUUCUCACACCAAGAAUGGAUCGAAGGGUCCCAGGGAGGAAGGACAGCCAGUGAACAACCAAUCAUCUACUUUCAAUCAGUUCAGCCCCAUCUCCAGUGCUGAGGAGUUUGAUGAUGAUGAUAAAAUUGAGGUAGACGACCCCAUGGACAAGCAGGUUGGUCAGACAUUCUUUAGGUCCACUACUAAGAGAGAGGACCCGAAUCCCAAAUCUCCGGUAUCAGUGGACAAUGCAUCCAAGCUCAGAGCAAACAGAGACCAAAAACACGAUCAAAACAACAAUAAUAAUAAUGGCACACUAGGAGGUUCCAAGUCUAACAAUUCCCCUCCGUCAAGUUUACCCAAGGAGGAACUCAAGGAAAUUCUCUUUAAGUCUCAAGGUCAGGAGCGCAAGGAGGCUGAAGAGUCAUCAGGGCUUGUUAAUGUGUCCAGUAUCCCCCAGGUCAAAGCCAAGUCCUCUGCAAAACUUUCUUCUUGUAUUGCAGCCAUAGCAGCCCUCAGUGCAAAAAAGGCUAAUGCUACAGACUUGACUGUUUUGGAUUUUCCAACAACACAGAAAGUAUCCAUCAAAGCCAAUGAAAAUCCCAGAGCUCCAGAGAAGCCACAGGAGCACGAGUCAGCCCUAGAAUUUGCAAAGAGGCUCCUAACGAGACCACAAGACAGCCCCUGUAGUGUCACCAGUGAGGGCAGUAGCAAAGGUUCCCCUGCCUCAAGUACAGAGACAACCCCAGUCAUCCCAAAGGUCAGGAUCAAAACAAUCAAGACCUCAUCCGGACAGAUCAAGCGUACUGUCACCCGAGUUCUCCCAGAGUUUGAUCCUGAGGGUCUGAAAAGAGGAGAGAAUAGCCCAUCUCUCAUGGCAACCACCAGUGCAAUUUUCUCAUCUCCCACGAGACCCUCUUUGCCAACCACAGUAGUAGCCACCACUGGAGGGUCUUCAAUUGAAAUAACCAAGCAAAUGACUAUUAAACCUGUAGCGACAGCUUUCCUGCCAGUCUCCGCAGUCAAGACAGCUGGGUCGCAAGUCAUCAACCUUAAGCUGGCUAACAACACCACAGUCAAAGCAACAGUAAUCCCUGCUGCAUCAGUCCAAAGUGCCAGCAGUGCCAUCUUGAAAGCUGCUAAUGCCAUCCAGCAACAGACUGUCAUGGUACCUGCCUCCAGUCUGGCCAAUGCCAAACUUGUGCCAAAGACAGUCCAUCUUAGUAACCUCAACCUUCUGCCUCAGACUGUAUCCUCUGCUGCAUGUGAUCUCCAACAGGCCCUAUCAUCCUCCAAACAGAGCCAGCAACAAUCACAAGUCAAACAGCAGACAAUUCUUACUGGCCAGGCCUCAAAGAAAAUCUCUAGGGUUCAAGUGUUCACAAGCUCUCAAAGCUCUGUAGUGGACGCCUUCAAUAAAGUCCUGAGUAGCAUAAAUCCUGUCCCUGUGUACGUCCCAAACCUCUCUCCGCCAACCUCAGCCUGUAUCUCUUUACCCUCACGUGGCUACAAGUGCCUGGAGUGUGGAGAUUCAUUUGCUCUUGAGAAGAGCCUGACACAGCACUAUGAACGUCGCAGUGUGCGGAUCGAGGUCACCUGCAAUCACUGUGCCAAAAGUCUAGUGUUCUACAACAAAUGCAGCCUCUUGUCUCAUGCCAGGGGCCACAAGGACAAAGGGGUUGUCAUGCAGUGCUCCCAUCUAAUCCUAAAACCCAUCCCUGCAGACCAGAUGAUAAACACAUCAUCAUCAGGCCCAGCAAACAUCACCGGUGCCACCUCCAUUUCCCAAUCCCAUGCACCCACAAGUCAAAUCCAAGGGAAAGGUGCUCUCAGUGGGUCCCAUACUGCAGUGAUUUCAGCUCCAUGCAGUGCUCCUCUUGUGGCAGCCAUGCCCUUAGAGGAUGAUGCAUCAAAGCUCUGCAGGCACAGCCUAAAAUGCUUGGAAUGUAAUGAAGUGUUCCAGGACGACAGCUCGCUAGCCAUGCACUAUCAACAGGCACCAGAGUCCAGUGGGCAGAAAACAUGCGCUAUUUGCCAAAUGCUUCUCCCAAAUCAGUGCAGUUUUCUGUCACAUCAGCGAAUCCACCAGCACAAGUCUCCUUAUAUCUGCCCCGAGUGUGGUGCCAGCUGCCGAUCUGUCCACUUCCAGUCACAUGUCACCAAGAACUGCCUGCAUUACACCCGGAGAGUCGGCUACCGCUGUAUACACUGUAGUGUGAUCUUCGCUGAUGUUGCAACUCUAAAGUCCCACAUCCAGAGUACUCACUGUGAGAUCUUCUAUAAAUGUCCUCUCUGCCCUAUGGCCUUCAAGUCUGCGCCUGGCACACACUCCCAUGCAUAUACACAGCAUCCAGGAAUGAAGGCAGGAGAGCCUAAGAUGAUCUAUAAGUGCUCCAUGUGUGAUACCGUGUUCACUCUGCAGUCCCUGCUCUACACACACUUCGACCAGCACGUUGUCAAUCAUAAAGUUUCAGUGUUCAAAUGCCCCGACUGCUCCAUGCACUACGCGCAGAAACAGCUCAUGUUGGACCAUAUCAAAGCCAUCCAUGGAACCUUAAAGACCAUCGAGGGUCCACCAAACUUGGGCAUCAACCUUCCUCUCAGCACCAAGCCCACUAAUUCUAGCAAUACCAACAGCAACAGCCCCAGUAAUAAUAACAACAAGGAUGGAGGAAAUGUCAAUAGUCAGGACAAGGGAGAAAAGAAGUCUCCACCCUCACCACUGAAGAAAACCAACACUAACUGCUCAGCUGACCUCAAGAACCCUCCCAGCUCAGGAUAUACAUGUGGAGACUGCAAUACCCUCUUCAGUUCAAAAGAGGUCUUUGUGGCUCAUAUGAGGCGCGAACAUGGAAAGAUCUUGAAGAAGCACCCAUGUCGACAGUGCGACAAGUCCUUCAGCUCUUCCCACAGUCUUUGCCGACACAACCGUCUCAAACACAAGGGAUUGAGGAAGGUCUACACCUGCCCGCACUGUCCAGCUCUCAGUCAGCCAUUCACUAAAAGAGUGCUGCUGGAUCAGCACAUUCAGCUGAUGCAUGGAGUCAAAGACCCAGAGGGGAAGACUGUCAACUCUGAGGCUUUACCUGACAAGGAAACGACCCCCAGCCCAAAAAGAAAGCCAGAAGAGGAUGAGGCGUCUCCAGGUUUGAACUCCAGGGGCUCAGACUCACAGCCUUUGAAGAGGCUCAAGGUGAACAUUCCCAAAGUUCAUAAGUGUGCUGUUUGCAGUUUCACCACUGAGGACAUCGCUGCUUUCCACAAACACAUUCCCCAGCACAAGUCAGAUGGCUCGUCCUACCAGUGUCAGGAGUGUGGCCUGUGCUACACCUCCCACCGCUCGCUGGCCCGACACCUCUUUAUCGUCCAUCGGCUGAAGGAGCCACAGGGUCUCGCCCGAUACAACGGACGGGGAAAGGAUGAUGAUGAGAGUCAAAGGGAGAACCAGCUGGAAGUUACGGACGAGAACAAUGAUGGGACCCCAAAUACCAAAUGCAAAGUGUGUGGGAAGAUGUUUGAAACUGAGGGAAACCUGAAUACUCACAUGAGGACACAUGGAAUGGCGUUCAUAAAGUCAAAGAGACUGAGCGCAGCCGAGAAGUGAGAAGAACUCACUUUUUAACCUUUCCAUCUA